AUGAGCGUCGUCAGCCCGCUGCAGGGACAUUCCCUGCACGAGUCAGCUCUUCAACUUGGCCAAGGGGACUGUGUCGAGCCUCCAUUCCCAACAGUCACUUCAGCAUUCUAUCACCAUGCAAGAGCUUCUCCAGAUACCAUAGCCCUCCGUGAUCUCUCAGGGUCACUAAAAGAGCUUACUUAUGGGCAACUUGCAAAACAAGCCCAAGAGUUGGCUGCCGAGCUCAUCGCUCGAGGUGUCUGUCCUGACUCGCGGGUACCCCUUGUUGCUAAAAGAGGACUGGAUAUGAUCAUUGGUAUAUGGGCAAUCCUUUCAUGCGGAGCUCAAUAUGUUCCUCUUGAUGGGGGUGUCGUUCCCGAUAAAACUAUUCGUCGAGUUCUUGAGCAGGCCGGCGGUGGCGUCGUCCUUUGUCUGUCUUCAACAAAGCACCGCGUCACCUCCCAACAUCCCAACCAGACUGUGGUUGUUGUUGACGAAAUACAAACGAGACCUGUCGAAGAAGACGUUCACGUCGAUCUCGCAACUCCAGAUUCCGGCUGUUACGUGAUAUAUACAUCAGGAACAACAGGAGAGCCAAAGGGCGUCGACAUCACACACAGAAAUGUUGCCAAUCUUGUGUGCCUGGCACCGGGAAACCUGGGGGUGGAAACUGGCACUUGCGUUGGCUCGGUCCUCAACAUAAGUUUCGACAUGGCGGCAUGGGAGGUCUUGGUCUGCCUAUGCAAUGGAGGAACACUCGUUCUCCGAGGUUCCAAUUGGGAACCAACUCUCCAACAGAUUGAUGUCCUCAUCUGCACACCAACAAUCCUCUCCAAAUACCAUCCUACACAAUAUCCCAGGAUAAAAACAGUGGCCACAGCCGGCGAACCUACUACAACCGGUCUCGCCGAUUUGUGGGCAAGUCACGGCUCAUAUUGGAACUGCUGCGGCCCUACAGAAACAACGAUCGUAAAUACUAUGCAUCGCCAUGUCGUUGGACAAGAAUUAUCAAUCGGUCGACCGACUCCGAAUAACAUAGUAUAUAUCCUCAACCGUCUAGGCGAACCCGUCCCUAUGGGUGCCACAGGAGUGAUGUGGGCAGGCGGCCGUGGAGUCUCUAGAGGCUACAUCGGCCUGGAGGAAAAGACGGCGGAGAGAUACAGGCCAGAUCCAUUUGCCAAUGACGGAUCAACGAUAUACAACACUGGCGACCUUUGCCGUUGGAGAACUGAUGGUUCAGUCGAGAUUCUCGGCCGAGUCGACGAUCAAGUCAAAGUAAAGGGUUUCCGCGUGGAGCUAGACGGCAUCUCAGCAUCCCUAGCUUCGGCCCCAGGUGUGUCUCGGGCGGCAGCGCUGCUGAUCGACGGAGAGAUACAUGGGUUUACCACCCCGCGCCGAUGCGAUGCAACCACCAUCAUUAAGCAUGUACAGCAACACCAGCCCUACUAUGCCGUUCCUACACACCUCCACCUCCUCGAUGAGUUACCCUCAACACCAAAUGGCAAAGUCGACAAGGGAAAACUCAAGGCACUGGCCUUGGCGAAGCAGGAUGUUGCAACGCAACCAUACGAGAAAGAAGAAGUCCAGGACAACCACGUCGAACUCAAGUCCCAAUCGUCCAUGUCCUCUCUGUCGACUCUGACUGAGAAAAUUGAUCUAGAGCGUGGUUUGCCUGAUAAGACGUUGGCGCGACCCCUCAGAGGUCUAAGACAUAGGAUCUUCAUCGCCUAUCGCACCCUGUUCAGUCUCAUAGGACUACUAAACUUGGCGGCCUUAAUCUGCCUGAUAGCUCUGCAGCUUAAGUCAGAAUGGCUGGGUAUCUUCGUUGCCAUCAACCUUGCAAUCGCAGUACUUGUGCGACAAGAUACAGUGAUCAACAUUCUGUAUACCAUCUUCUGCUCAGUUCCAAAGCACUUGCCGCUCGGGAUCAGGAAACGCUGUGCCAAGAUAUAUCACUUGGGUGGUGUGCACUCCGGUGCGGGAGUCUGUGCCACGGCAUGGCUGGUUAUCUCGACGGUACGUGGAACACUCUGCAAUGCAGGUUUCUGCGAGGGUCACGCGAUUGGGUCCUUGGCGACACAGGUCGUAUCGUGGGUUCUAUGCGGGCUGCUAUGCUCCAUGGUGGCUACUGCAUGGCCCUCUUUCCGGAAGCAAUACCACAACUUCUUUGAGCGUUUCCAUCGUUUUGCCGGUUGGACAUCGUUGGGUCUAUUUUGGGCUCGGACAAUUCUGGCGAUCAACGACUCCCGGCCUCAACACCAAGGGCUAGGGAUCGCCGCCGUUAAGACUCCAGACUUCUGGCUCUUGGUGGUGGCCACACUCAGCAUCGCCUCUUCAUGGUUUUUCCUGCGCAAGGUUCCAGUCGAGGCCGAGGUGCUUUCUGACCAUGCAGUCCGCCUGCAUUUCGACUAUACCGUUCCCGUGAAUGGUACUUUCACCCGCUUAUCACGACGACCCUUGAUCGAAUGGCACUCUUUUGCAACCAUCCCCAACCCGCAGGCUAAUCAGCAUGCUAAGGGUUACUCGUUGGUUGUCUCCAAUGCCGGCGACUGGACUCGUUCUUGUAUCCAAAACCCUCCCAGUUCCAUCUGGGUACGUGGUGUGCCAACAUGUGGUGUGAUGCGUAUCGCAACUCUCUUCAACAGAAUCGUCGUUGUCGCCACAGGAUCCGGGAUUGGACCGCUACUAGGCCACAUUGUCCAUCAGACAUGUCCUACACAGCUGAUUUGGUCUACAUCACGACCAGAAGAGUCGUUCGGCAAAGAGCUUGUUGGCCAGGUUCGAGACGCUAUUCCGGACGCGGUGAUCUGGAAUACGAAGACUCAAGGCCGACCAGACCUUGUGCGAAUGGGCUAUAACCUAGCCAAGAGCUUUGAUGCCGAAGCCGUGAUAAUAAUAGCCAACGAGAAGAUCACUAAAAAGGUCGUGUACGGCCUGGAGACGCGCGGCGUGCCAGCUUAUGGUGCCAUCUGGGACAGCUAA